AUGGAAUGUAGAGCUCCUCUGACUAGCGCUGUGCUUCCUCCACAAAUGCCUCUCCUUGUGGAUCCUCCUGGAACAGGGUCUAGGCAGUACCCAUCGACUCCACCAAGACCGACAUCGCUUCCUCGAGCUUCACUUGGAGGUGGGUCAGCCAGUAGGAGGUAUCAAGAGUCAAGAGGUCAUAGUCGUAGUCCGUACCAACCGCAAAAACCUCUGCAACCGGUGCAAAGAGUGGAUUUACCGAUACCUCGCAAUCAUGUGUUAAUGUGUUUGAUAGAAGCAGUGCAUGCAGAAUCUAGAGAGGAUGAAGGAUAUCAGAGUGGUGAUGAUGAUGAGCUGGUCUUGAGGGGAAUUAAGGUCAUGGGGAGCAGUUCGGGUACUUAUAUUGUCAGAGAACCAGCAGGACUGAAAGUGUAUCCCUCCAACUCGCCAAUCUAUCCCAGUGGACCUGAAGAGAACAGUGUGAUGACCUUGCAACAUGGUCAAAUGGUACAGAUUCUCCUGUUCGAAAAUAGGAUAGCAACGGUAGCAAGAGGGGGUGGAUACAUCUUGGUAGACAAUAGCUCCCAACUGGUAAAAAUUGCUGAGGUUACCGAUCCUGCAUGCAAGUAUCAAGCGACAAACAAGGUUCUGUUGACCCAAAUUGAUGAGCUUGAAGCGAAAGUUCAGUCUCUUCGGAAGCACCAACGAGACGUUGCUCGCAAGCUAGAUGUUUUGCUCGAAGAUACAGCAAACAGUAGUCCAUUUGGACCAGUACCUGAGGUUCUUCCUGUCUACGAGAUGGAAGAAGAGGAUGGUGGUGUCGGAGAUGAUCGCAGAGAUGACUCAGGCGGCAGCCUUGCUCGAAAGACCGCAUACGCUGAUCCAAAUGACAGUACCCUAACGGAAUCGCACUCCUUUGAUCAUCCUCGGUCGGCUCUACAUCCAAAAAUUGGUGGCACGUCGUCCUUUGGUGAAGAAAGCGCCCGAGAACCUAAAACCAAAGAAAUCACACCAAGGAGACGAGACAGGAGCAAGUCACAGGACCAGGCGACUUGGUCCAGCUUCUGGCCAUCCAUUUUCGGCUCGUCAGGUUCACCGUCUUCGAUCAGGCCGCAUAUGGAGCCACAAAAUAGUGACGCCCCGAUUGGAAUUGGCCAAAUGAUCACCAAUCACGUCGCACCCCCGUCCCCCAGUCGCAAUCAUCACUCCCGAGUCGACUUUUCUGGUCUCUCUGGGCAUAGCGGACUGGGUAAGACAUCAAAAUCGAAAAACCAAGGUCGUCGGAAUGUGAGAAUGUUAUCACAUCACUCUGGUGCAAGAUUUUACUAG